AUGCCUGCAGAGCGCGCGGGCUAUACCGCGACGGUCUUCUGCGUAGAUGUCUGCCCAUCCAUGGGCCAGAUGCGCAUCGCCGAGCUUCCGGAGGACCACAAUGGCGAGGUCAAGUCAAUCGAGAUGACACAUCUCGAAUGGGCGCUCCAGUUCGUCAAACUCAAGAUGCAAGAGAAUAUAUACAACGGCCGCAAGACGGACCAAUGCGGUGUCAUUCUCUUCGGCUCCGAUCAGACAAAUAACAUGGUGCACACGCAGAGUGGAGGCUACGAGAACGUCGAAGAGUUUAUACCCAUUGGAACGGCCAGCGCCGCGACGCUCGCGAAGCUGGACACCCUAAUACCGAGUUCGUCAUUCGGAGACCCCAUUGACGCGAUUAUCGUAGCCCUCGAGACCCAACAACGCUACCUCGCCAACAAACGCACUUGGACGCGCAAACUAGUCGUGCUGACCGACGGCGAGAGCCCGAUCGAGCUCGAAGACUGGGAUUCGGUUGUAAGGAAGAUUGAGGAGUAUGGCGUGGACGUCACCGUAGUUGGUGUCGACUUCAACGACGAAGAAACGGGGUUCAAGGAAGAAGUCAAGUCGAAGCAUAAGGAAGAGAACGAGCUCUUCUACAACGACUUCAUCGCCGCAAUCAACGAAACAGGCCGCCAAGGCGUCCUCGGGAAUCUCUCCCACGCCCUCGACGAGCUAGCCAAACCGGAGCUCAAACAGACGAAGAGCAUGCUACAGGGCAACAUCCUCCGCAUCGGCUUGCCCGCGCUCGAUCCCGAACACUCACUCGAGAUCCACGUUAAGCUCAGUAAAGCAACAGCCCUCGCCCGUCCCAAGAGCUGGAAACGGUUCAGCCCGCGCAACAAGAGGGGCGAGGACGAAGACGAGUCGCAGAAUCAAGACCCAAGCAACAGUCAAUCGUCUUCUAAGAAGCAUAUCCUUCCUCCCACUUCCUCUCGCUCAGCGAAAUCCAAGACGCCAGAACCACCUGUCCAACCCAAGCCCAAGGUCGAAGUCGAAGGCUCGGAUACUGAACCUGAGUCGGACGAGGAGCCGCCGGUGAAGCGCGAGCCUGUUUCUUCGCCUGCUAAAGCUGGAGUUAAGCCUGAGUCGAAAGCGAAGGGCGGGGCGGUCAAGAAGGAGGAAGAGGAUGAGGAGGCUGGGGAUGAGGAUGAGAUCGAUGUAUGGGCUGAGCUCCGACCGCGAACGGCAUAUUUCACAUGGAAAGAGGACGUGUUGGCUAGGAAGGCCGAGGAGGCUAUCAAGGCGAACAAACCGGUCCUCACCAAAGCCCAAAUGAAAGCCCCAGGCGUAUUCGACGCCAGCACAGUUACCAACAUUGAGAAAGAAGAGCUCGUACGCGGGUUCCGGUACGGCGCUUCGUACGUCCCUUGUCCGGCCGGACAGUUCGAGAGGCUGCCUACAACGAAGGGGUUGGAGAUAUGUGCUUUCUUUGAGACGAAGAACUUCAGGAGAGAGCACUCAAUGGGCGAAGUCUCGUACGUCUGGGCCGACCCGAACAGUCCGGCUGAGCAAGUUGCGCUCAGCGCGCUCGUACGCGCGAUGGAUUCUUGCACUGAGGACAAGUCGAAGAUCAAAGACAAUGACAUUGACGAGGAGACGGGCAAGAAGCGCAAGCCGAAGAAACUCCGGUACUGUGCCAUCGCGCGUCUCGUUACAGCCGACGGACGUGAUCCACGUAUGGGCGUGCUAUGGCCAUUGCGCUUCGCGGAGGUCGACUGUCUGCUGUGGGCUCCGAUGCCCUUCGCAGACGACGUGCGCAAGUACGCCUUCAGCCCGCUACAACAUCUGCUCAAUCGUAAAGGCGAGCAUAUCACCGAACACCCGUUCAUCCCGACGGACGAGCAGCAAGAUGCGAUGGAUGCGUUCGUUGACGCUAUGGACCUUGGCGAUGCGGGUCCUAAGAAUGAACUCGGCGAACGCGAACCCUGGUACGACCCCUCAUCCUCCUACAACCCCGCCAUCCACCGAACCAAACAAGCCCUCUUCCACGCCGCAGUCGUCUCGGACCUCACCAUCUCACCGAUCCCACCUCCGCACCCCGAGCUCACGAAGUACUUCGACCCGCCGCGCCGCGCUCUGAAGCGUGCCAGAGAGCCGCUCGAAGAGCUCAAGAAGGCUAUGGACGUGAAAGAGGUACCGAAGAAAGCGCGGAAAGCGAGGAAAGACGAGCAUGUGCACGCCAACGCAGAUGAGGAGGACGAAGAGCUACUCAUCGCGAACGCGCCCGUAGCGCCCAGCGUGCUCGCGCCGAAACCCGUCGCAUCGUCCUCGCGCAGUCAAGCUGCGAACCAGAGCCAACGGCGAAUGCGUGAUGACUCUUCCGGCGCGGAGGACGCGGACCAGGACUACGAGAUGAUCGACAUCAACAAGGGUGAAGACGGCGAAGACUUGAGCACGCCGCCUCCCGACCCACAACGCCCGGCCGGCCGCCUCAUAGGCCUCGCGAACCCCGCCGCGGAUCUACGCGCCAACCUCGCGCGCGGCGACGUCGUCACGAAAGCCGUCAUGGACACCUUCCACGCCGUCCUCACCAUCCUCCGCAAACCCUUCGCCACGCGCCGCACCGACGAGCUCAAGUCCUUACUCAAAGAGCUACGAGAGGCGUGUUUGACGGAGGACGAGAUCGAGGGGUGGAACGCGUUCGUGUUCAGUGUGAAGCAGGUGUGUCUGGAGGAGGAUGGGGGGCUGUGUAGGAGCUUUUGGGAGGGGAUAAGGAGUGAUGCGGAGGGGAGGGCGGAGACGCUGGGGAUGAUUACGAGGAGACAGGCGCUGCCUUACGGUGGGACGAGCGGGUAUAAUGCGAAGGAUGUUAAGAAGUUCUUCGAUGGGGACGAUUCGUGA